GCCAGUUGGCGGCGGAGGCUGUGGUGAGGAGAGUGGGCGGCUAGGUGCGGGGCUUCUUGGGACAAGGCAGGCGAGGAACCCGUGGCCCCUUUGGACAGAUGAAGAAACAGAGACGCAGGUAGGUGGACUACUAGCUUCCCCACAAUCGCUGCAGUACAGGGGUGGAAGAAAGUGUAACUCCAGAGCCCGUGCUUUUAGCUACUGAACUAUAUACCGCUCUCCAUUCUGGCCAUGUUCUAAUCAUGUCAUAUAAAGAUGAUAUUGAGACUCCAGUGAUAACUGAAGCAGCCCCCAUCCUUGAAGAUGGAAACUGUGAGCCAGCCAAGAAUUCUGAUUCCGUUGACCAAAGUGCCAAACCAGAGAGUAAAUCAGAGCCUAUACCUUCCACUAGGAAAAGACCAGAGGCCAAACCUUCCAGUGACCUUGAGACUUCAAAAGUUCUCCCUGUUGAGGAGACUGUCUCUGAAGAUGUACCCCAGACCGGGUGGGGCUAUUGGGGCAGCUGGGGCAAGUCCUUACUCUCCUCAGCCUCAGCUACAGUAGCCACAGUAGGACAAGGUAUUUCAAAUGUCAUUGAAAAGGCAGAGACUUCCCUUGGAAUCCCUAGUCCCAGUGAAAUUUCAACUGAAGUCAAAUGUGCAGCAGGAGAGACAAAUGCCAAAGAGAAUGAAAACUCCUCCCCAAUUGCUGGACCUUUUGGUGUAUUCUCGACCAUCUCUACUGCUGUUCAGAGCACAGGAAAGAGUGUUAUCACUGGGGGUUUGGAUGCCUUAGAAUUCAUCGGGAAAAAGACAAUGGAUGUAAUAGCAGAAGGGGAUCCUGGAUUUAAAAGAACCAAGGGUCUGAUGAACCGGAAUGCUACAUUGUCUCAGGUUUUGCGAGAGGCUAAGGAAAAAGAAGAGCUAUGGACCUCCAGUGAGAUUACUAUGGAAACAGAUAAGAAAAUUCAUUAUGGGCUACUCUUUGAUGAAUUUCAAGGCCUUUCACAUCUAGAAGCUUUGGAGAUGCUUUCCCGAGAAAGUGAAAUAAAGGUGAAAUCUAUCCUUAAUUCUCUGAGUGGAGAAGAAUUAGAGACUCUAAAACUUGAAUUAGAGGAACUCAAGGAAGCUUUUUCCCUGGGUGAGCUUUGUGAGGAAGAGGAAGAAGAGAAAGAAGGGGAUGAAGAUUUCACCAAAGAGAUAACAGAGCUGUUUUCACAGCUGCAUGUCUCCUCCAAGCCAGAGAAACUUGCCAGGGCAAGAAAUACUGCCUAUGAAUGGAUUAGGACAUCUCUGACCAAGCCAUUAGCAGAGAAAGGAGGAGGAGAAAAACAGUUGGAAGCAGAAAAUACAGAGCAAGCCAAUAAAAAUUCAAUAGAGGAUAUCCAUGCAUUUGCAAUCCGGAGUUUAGCGGAAAUGACUGCCUGCUCAAUUGAACUGUUCCACAAAACAGCAGCGUUGGUUCUGCAUGGCCGGAAGCAGGAAGUGACAGCUAUAGAAAGGAGCCGAACUCUUUCCCAGAUGACAGUUGUGUUGUGUAAAGAGUUGUCCUCUCUAUCUAAAGAGUUCACCAGCUGCCUAACAACUGAGGGGGUCAAAGAAAAGGCAGACGUUCUUAACCCAUUAAUCACUGCGGUAUUUCUAGAGGCGUCAAACAGUGCUUCCUACAUUCAGGAUGCUUUUCAGCUACUCUUACCUGUGCUAGAGAUCUCUCUCAUUGAGAACAAGGCUGAAUCACCCAGACAUGAGUUGCAGGGCGAGAAGCCUCUGUCAGAACAUUGAAGAACAGAGAAAUGUCACUUUUUCCCUGGGUACUUCUGCAGAAAAGAAGAAGGAUUAUUUUAGUAUAUAAAAAGUUAGGCAUGAGAGAAGUUUUAAAAAGGAAGUUUGUUACCUUUACCAGGUCCUCACACUUUUUCCCAGUUGUUAUAAAUAAUAAAUUAUUUGAAAAGAAACUUUUGUAGAAAGUCCAAGAAUAAUAGCUCUAGAUAAAGGUUAGUGUGACACUUAGGCAAAAAUGUUGGCUUUAUUAUGUCUUUCUUUGACAUGUUGUAAAAUAUUAACAGUUCUGUCUUGGAUAUAAUUGGUUGUUAAGCAAGAGAAAAAGAACUUAGUUUAGUAUUCUAGAAUUCACAGCAUGCUUGGUCUAUUAAUGCCAUGUACUUUCUCCUUUCUAGAAUGAAAUCUGUGGCUUUAAGAAAACUAAGCCUAUAUAAACUCUGUGAUGAUUACCCUUUAUCAAAUGAAUUCUUGGAAAUGGUUAGGAAGUUUUAUCUGCUCUUUAAUUCUCAGUAGAUACUUGGAAUUGAGCAGAAUAUUACACUUGUAGCCACAUAAAUUAGCUAUGACAAAGUGCCCUUUGGCUUCAAAUUGCUCCCCCACACCAGGAUGACAAGCUUCACGUUGUAUCUGAGCCUUCUUCAACUGGGUUCAAGACCAAUAAGUGCAAUGUAGAAAGACAGUUUUAUGUCUGCAGAUGUUCUGAGUCUCUCCAUGAUGUUUUUUCAUGUGUACCCCAUGUGCAGGGUAAAUUUUUUAGCAGUCAACUCCAAAGGAAUGUUCAAGCUCUUUUAGUAAUGGGGGUUUUGUUUGUUCCACUUCAAUAUUGUUGAAGUGGACUGUAACAUAGAAAUGGUGUUCAUUUAUAAUAGGAUUUAACCUUUAAGACACAAUAUGUUUUUUCCUCAUUCUUUUUGUUUCAAUGUAUUCUUUAGCAUGUUUUAAAAUAUAACUCUUAUGCUCCAGAUCUCAAGCCUUCUCUUGCUCUCUUCAACAAUUUAAGAGACUAUUAAGGUAUCAUCUUCCUAAAAGCUAUUUUGGUAUCCACUCUUUUUUAAAAAGUUCUCCAACUUUGUGGUAUUUAAUGAUUCAGGUAACUUUUGCGAGCUCUGCCCCUCAUCUUCUAAAACCUUUAAAAUAAAAUGUAACAAUCGUG